CAAUACAACAUUCAAUACAACAUUCAAUACAACAUUCAAUACAACAGUCAAUACAACAUUCAAUACAACAUUCAAUACAACAGUCAAUAAUAAUACUUAUAAUAAAUAAAUGAAUGAAUUGAAUGAAUAAGUCGUCAAAACAACAAUUGUUUGAUUGAAUUGUCAUUUGAUGUGAUUUAUCGGUCAAUCAAUAGUUGUCAACAAUGUUGCCAUCGGUGGCAACACUUUACACGAUAUUACCAUUUCUGCUAUCAUUUGUGGUGAUUCUCGUCUUUUGCAUAUUUUAUGUCCGCCGAUAUCGCAAUCCAUAUGAAUCGGACAGAUGUGCGACCAUUACAUCAAUCGGUGCACUGUUUGUAUCGCUGUUGACCUGUGCUCUCAUUCCCGUUGAUAUCUUUAUCGUAUCGUAUAUGAAGACUUCCGACGGAGACUUCAAAGAUUGGGCGUCAAAUUUAACACAAAGGAUGGUCAUCGAGAAUGCAGUUCUUUAUUCAUAUUAUACUCUCUAUUCGCUUAUAUUCUUCUGUAUAUUAAUUGUAAUCCCUUUCGUGUACUUCUAUUACGAAGAGAAGAGUGAAGAAGGAUUUACAUCUGAAGGGAGAUUAUGUUCGGCCAUCAAAUAUACUCUGGCUUUUCUGUUUGUUGCCGUCACUCUUCUACUUAUUGGAGCAUUUAUACCAUUACAAGAAAUUCCUUCAGCCGUAGACAACUCGACCAGUUCCAACAGUUCCGAAUGGAUCAAUGAAUUGCGUUUUAUUUGGGAUGACUUUAGCAGAAACAGAGGAGAAGACGCGCUUUCGAUGGUUUUAAGCAUUUUGACAUCUUUUGGAGUUCUCUUAUUGAUAGUCUACACUGGAUUCGGUAUGUCAUCGUUUCCUAUCGGUUUGAUUAGAGGCACCAAAAGUGCCCGAUUAGAGAUGGAACGCAUACAAGAAUCACAUCUAACUAAUCAAACGAGAAUUAAUGGAUUAAGAGAUAAGCAACGUAUAGGAAGCAAACUGACACCUCGUGAAAGAAGACAAUUGUCUAAACUUGAAGAAAACGAAAGGAUUAUUACCCUCGAAGAACAAUAUCUAUUGACAUACAGAGGAUCGUUAUUCUAUAAACUGAGAAAUCUUGUUCGUCCGUUACAAAUAGGCAUUGGAUUUAUUGCGGCCUCUCUUUCCUUAAUUGUUUGGAUAUCACUCUUACUUACGAAUAUCGAUAAAGCAAUGAAUUCAUUGGGAAUGAAGAUGGGCUAUGCUUUACCCAAGAGAUCGUUGCCGAAUCCAAUUGAUAUAAUUUUGGUCGCAUUUCAGACUGUUUUCCCAUUGGAUUAUAUUCUUAUCAUUUUAAUGGCUUUAUUCUUCAUAAUGGCUACAAUGUCUGGUGUUAAGAAUUUGGGCAUUUGGUUCUUCUUUGUUCGGUUGUAUAAAAUCCGAAUCAACAAAUCAACCCCUCAGGCGUUGCUUCUAUUGUUUUCAACACUAAUGCUGUCGACUCUUGGAAUGAAUAUAUUAUUUUACUGUAUAUCACCGCAAUACGUGUCGUGGGGCAGUCAACACUACAUACAAACCAUUGCAAACACAACUAACCAUACAAUUAGUGAUUGCAAUUCAAAUACCACAAGAGAGAACUGUACUAUGACUCGAGUGAGUGUAUUAUUGGUCCGUUUCUUUUAUAAGGUUUGGUUCUUCGGAGCCUUUUAUUACUGGUCGAUGUGGGCAUUGAUUGUGAUUUCAUUUCUGUCAGCUCUUUAUGUAAUUAUAAGACCAACUAAAUCGGUAACCGAAGGACUUUUAGAUGAUGAAGAUCUCGAACAAAGUGAUGAGGAUUUGAGAGCAUAAAUCUGAGUGAUUUAACAAUUAUUUAUCAUAAUUUUGUAUAUUUGUCUAUUUUAUCAUAAUAUUAAUCCCGAAAAAGUAGAAUUGCUAAUAUGCACCUCUAAUAAGUUAAAUAUCAACUUUAAUAUAUUAUCUAUUAAAUAAUGUAAUAUAAUGUUAUUUAAAAAUUUUAUUGUGUGAUAUCUUUAUGCCACUAAUAUAUAGAAUUAUAGAUUAUAAAAAUACUAUAAAAGAUUUGUAAAAAUAAAAUCAAA